UCAAGUUGACAGCAGCAAAAUUGGAACAUUAUUAUAGAUAAUAGAUAGAUAAAACAAUUGAAUUUGAGAGAUGGACAAGAAUACAAACUACAAGCUGAGCGAGAGCGAAUUGGAUAUCCACUCCGAUUUGGAGUUUGUGGACAGUCUGCUGAAGGACCUGCGUCUGGAGGCGGAGCCGCAGGCUCGUGGUGUCAUCUUGGAUCUGGCUUACACUUUGGCUAGGGACAAACUCGUCGAGGCUCAACGUUUCGCAAAGUUGGCCAACCGCUCCAACGUGAGUGUUGAGGACUUGGAGAUGGCAAACCUGGAGCGGACAGAGGAGCUCAGCAGGAGACUGAACCAUCAGCCGGUGAAGACCCUGGUUCCCAGCCAGACAUCUCUGGCCACGCCCACUGUGAACCGCGGUCUAAUGCUGCCCACCUGGCGGCAGUGCCAGGUGGGUGUCAUGGCCGAAUUGAAGGACAAGAGCGCUGAGCCUGUGCCUGCGAAUCCCAGAGUUGUGGUGCUCCCGAAAACGGCAACAGCUACUGCUGCAGGUCCUGGCCUUAACACUGCCACCAAUGCGAUGCUGGCGCCUGGAUCUUCAAAUCAGGGUCGUAACACUGCUAAUCCCAUUACUCGUCCCGUUGGAUCUAACAUGAAUCCUCCCGAGAACUUUUCCAAGCCAACCGUUCAUCCACCAAGCACUCGAUCUAAUCAUCGUCACACAAUAAGAAGUCAAUCGACUCCUAGGAUGUACACCAGUAGAGUCACGGGGGGCUACGUAUCGGCUUCUUCCCAGAGCUCGACUGCUGGAGUACCAGGAGGAGCCGUGAAAAAGCCACGCAUGCAGCAAUAAAAUAAUUGAAAUCUUUGAAAAUAAAAUUUUUACAAGAAA